AUGAGUCACCAGCGGCAGUUGAUCACAGCCGAUGAGUCACCAGCGGCAGUUGAUCACAGCCGAUGCGUCACCAGCGGUAGCUGGUCACAGGCCGCCAUCGAGCCAUACGUCUUCGAGUGGAUCGCCGAGCGGCGCGGCUCCAUCUCGGCCGAGCACGGCGUCGGCGUGAUGAAGCCGCCCUUCCUGCACAUGUCCAAGAGCGACGGCAUGAUUGGCGUGAUGCGAGGCGCGCCCAGCCGAGGCAUCAAGACGAUGCUCGACCCGAACAACAUCCUCAACCCGCUCAAGGUGCUGCCGCCGCUCGAGGCGGCGGCAGAGGAGCGCGAGGCGGUCGCAAACUAGCGCCGCACCGCUCGCCACACGCCGACCCGCCCGCCCUCCCUCCGUCCUCUUCGCCCUGCGGAUGGCGGUCCGCUGCCUUUCACGGCGAGGGCGACUACGGUACUUCGUGGGCGCGCGGACGCUUGCGCCCUCGCUCUUCCUCGCUGCCCUUUCGUUUCAAGUUCCCCACCGUGCGGCUCGAUGCCGGUGUUCGCACGGUGUGGAGUGCAUCUCCCAGAGCCCCCAGACCGCACUCCCGUCCGAACGGUUCGGCUUUUGUGUACGACGCCCCAGGGCGCCCACACGGGUCUCUCUCUCUCUGUCUAUCUGUGCGGUAUAUACGUCCAUGAUCAUGUGACCAAA